UGCGAAAUGUCAUGGCACCAAAGCCACUUUUCCAGUGCGCCGAGGCUGCGUGAUAAUGGUGAGAAUAUCCGCGCUUCCAGCGUGCGUUAGGCUCAGUACGCUGGACCCCGGCGAGCGUGUCAGAGCUAGCAUGAGCGGAACGGCGGCACUUCUUCUCAUGUGGUCUGUGUUGCUUCUCGAGGUGUGGGCGGAUGCCAGUGAGGGAGAAGCUGUUUUCAUCCGCGAGUUCACCCUGAGUCGCCAUGAUGACGUCCCUGACGAUUCCCUGAACGAAGGCCCCGGAAGCCACAAAUCAGAAGAUUCCAGCUCACGGACAGCACGCUCCGAAGAAGACAAAGACACACUGUGGGACGCUUGGGGAACGUGGAGCGAAUGUUCCCGCACCUGCGGGGGAGGAGCCUCCUAUUCUCUCAGGCGCUGCCUCAGUUCCAAGACCUGUGAAGGGCAGAACAUCAAAUAUCGCACAUGCAGUAACGUGGACUGUCCGCCGGACUCCGGAGACUUCCGCGCCCAGCAGUGCUCAGCCCACGCCGACGUGCGCCACCAGGGGCGCUACCACGAGUGGCUCCCGGUGGACAACGACCCGGAGAACCCGUGCGCACUCAAGUGCCGGGCCAAAGGCGCGGACCUGGUGGUGGAACUGGCGCCCAAGGUGCUCGACGGCACCCGCUGCUACACGGAGUCCUUGGACAUGUGCAUCAGCGGGGCUUGCCAGAUCGUUGGCUGCGAUCACGAGUUAGGCAGCACCGCUAAGGAGGAUAACUGCGGCGUUUGCAACGGAGACGGCUCUUCUUGCAGACUCGUCAGAGGCCACUACAAAUCCCAGCAUGCCACUGGGAAGACCGAAGACACGGUGAUCGUGAUCCCCUACGGGAGCCGACAUGUGCGCCUGGUUCUGAAAGGCCCGGAUCACUUGUAUCUGGAAAGUAAGUCCUUACAGGGGGUCAGGGGGGAACAUUCUUUGGAUGGGACCAAGCAAUAUAUUUUGGAGAAUACGACCAUUGACUUCCAGAAGCUCUCAGACAAGGAGGUCCUUAGAAUUACUGGACCGCUAGGAGCAGACUUUACCAUUAAAGUGAAAUAUGCCGGCACCAUGGACAGCGUGGUGCAGUUUAUCUUCUACCAGCUCAUUGUUCAUCGCUGGAGAGAGACGGACUUCUUUCCCUGUUCUGUAACCUGUGGUGGAGGAUAUCAGCUGACCUCAGCGGAGUGCUUCGACCAGCGCAGCAGUCGCGUGGUGGUGGACCAGUACUGCCAUUAUUACCCUGAGAACGUCAAACCCAAGCCCAAACUGCAGGAGUGCAAUAUGGACCCUUGCCCCGCGAGUGACGGCUACAAGCAAAUAAUGCCCUACGACCUCUACCACCCACUGCCUCGAUGGGAUAGCAGUCCGUGGACGGCCUGCUCCACGUCUUGCGGUGGGGGGGUCCAGAGCCGCUCGGUCUCGUGUGUGGAAGAAGACAUGCAGGGCAACGUCACUCCCACAGAUGAGUGGAAAUGUCUGUAUGCACCCAAGACUGCCAUCCUACAGCCAUGCAACACGUUUGACUGCCCUACAUGGCUCGCACAGGAGUGGUCACCGUGCACGGUGACGUGUGGACAAGGCCUGCGCUACAGAGUGGUCCUUUGCAUUGAUCACAGAGGCCUGCAUGCCGGAGGCUGCAACCCCACCACCAAGCCGCAUAUCAAGGAAGAGUGCCUGGUUACUGUGCCCUGCUACAAGCCCAUAGAGAAGCUUCCUGUGGAAGCAGAGCCACCUUGGUUCAAGCAGGCCAUAGAACUGGAGGAAGACACAGCUGUGUCGGAGGACCCAACGUAA